AUGCCUGGGCUUUCUUCACAGUACCAAGAUGACGUUGGUAAGCGGCACAGCGGCCCCAGCCCUGGCGCGACCUCGACUGGCCAGCUGAGCCCUGUGAGCCUGUCGAGUUUGGACCAACAUUACGGCUCGCGAGAAUCGUCAUCUGCCUCUCCCAUAAAACCUCAAAGACCAGGAUUUCGCGGCGGCGCUCCUGGUCUCGGAAGCAGAACAAGCUCCACCACUAGUCUUCUCAAGCUGAAUCACCUGCUGCCCAGGCCGGAGGACCACGGCACAGACACAUAUGGCGUUCGCGAGGUGCGCGAUGGGUUCUUUGAUGCCGUCUUUCUCAAACCGCCGCGUCUACCGUCGAAAGAUGGUCUGGAGGCGCUCAAAGCCAACCUACCCGCUGCAUUCGACCAGCACAAUCCUCUGACCAUCAAGCAUUUCCUUCCGAAUCAAUGGCGCAAGCUAAAAUCUGUCGUUCGCCGUGUGUUUACAACACAAACAGGCAUUACACUGCUCAAACCGUUUGUGGCUUAUUUUAUGGCAUAUGUCCUCUGCCUCGUGCCAGUAGUACGCCACUGGCUGGGCCCUCAAUACUAUAUCAUGGCAGUAUCCGUCAUCCUCAACCACCCUGCCCGAACCGUCGGUGCUCAAGUCGACGGCGUCGUUUUAACCGUCCUUGGCACUGCCAUUGGAAUAGCCUGGGGCGCUCUGGCACUGCUUCUAUCUACAUCGACACUGGCAGCCAGAGUUGGAUAUGGCGGGAUCUUGGCGCUAUUUCUCGUCGUCUUCGUUGCCUCUAUUGCUUCGAUCCGCGCAUUCUUUGUCCGAUUCUACCAAGCAGUGCUAACGGCUGGCAUUGCCGUCAUUUACGCGACACUCUCCGAAACGCACGACGCAACAAUCCCGUGGAGCAAACUUCGCGGCUACGCUGUAGCUUUUCUGUUUGGCCAAGCGAUAGCGCUGGCCGUCAAUGUCUUGAUCUGUCCCGAUGCCGGGGCUAGACCACUUGCCACGACAUUGCACCAAUCGUUUAAUCUCAUGCUACAAGCUCUGAAAGCUCCGCAUACAAGGGAUGCCAGGCUUCGCAGGCAGUUGCUCAAAAGCUUUGUUGACUUGUCCGAAGCAUAUCGUGACAUGGCCAUUGAUAGCACAAUAUCCCGUUUUCGGCCGGAAGACGUGCUUGAGCUGCGAAACUUGAUGCAAGCUGUCUUACGGGCUCUUCUAUCAAUGGACACUGAGACUACUCUAUUGGGUAGACCAGAUGACAGCGAGGCCAACAACGGCGAGGUAAAACAGGAAGGCGGCGAUAACGGCCAAAAUGGACACGUGAAAGAUGUGGCGGAGGCUCUCGCGACGCCUACAAGGGAUCUUCUUCUAUCCAUGUGUGAGGGGAUUCGCACAUGUGAUAUCGCGCUCAUGGGCAUCUCAGGCUACCGUAAAUUCAUCGGCCCGUCCACAGAUUUCUCAUCUGACACCGCCGUCUCAAAGACUCGCCUCAGACAGACCAUAUCUGAUUUCGACAGCGUUGAGUCCUUGCUCCUGCAGUCAGGCAGACUCCCCGACUCCGCGAUCCAUGAUUUCGAAAUCGUGCAGCUGUUUGUGUCUGCGCGCCACGUCCGCGAGACCGCCGCCACCGUGCAGCAUCUCCUGCACCACGUGAGCGAGAUGCAGACCGUGUCCAAGCGACCGCGUCUUUGGCUGCCGUCCUACCCGGUUUCCAAGUCUGUUUACCGAACCAAUGCGCAGAUUCGGCACGACAGGGGCGGGGUUGUCGCGGGGUCCUACCAGAUCACCUUUGGUGACAUUGCGAGGAUCCUAGACAGGAUUACGUCCCGCGUGCACGAACCCACGGGACGCACCCAAACCGAUGCCGCGGGCGAUGCACACCUCAAGCCUGAGACGUCCGCCCCGCGAACCGGCAGCGACGACACAAGGCCCAAGAGCAGCACCGCAACCAGAUACAAGAUCUGGCGCGGCCUGUACCGGCUGCAGGGCUACGAGAGCAAGUACGCGCUCAAGGCGUGCCUGGUGACGUGCCUCCUGGCCGUGCCGUCGUACCUCGAGCAGAGCAAGUGGUGGUGGGAUCAGUACCAGGCGUGGUGGGCCGUCGCCAUGAGCUGGGUCGUCAUGCACCCCCGCGUCGGCGGCAACCUCCAGGACCUGCUCAACCGGUCGUGCCUCGCCGUCUUGGGCGCCGUGUGGGCGGGCGCCGGCUACGCCGCAGGCGACGGCAACCCGUACGUCAUGGCCGUCUUUGCCGGCGUCUACAUGCUCCCGAUGCUGUACCGCUACACGCUGAGCACCCAUCCGCGAUCCGGCCUCGUCGGCAGCCUCUCCUUCACCGUUGUGUCGCUCGGGCUGCUGGAAGCCGAGCACCGUGGAGCCGCGACGACGACACCCGCCGUGCUUGCCGCCCGCCAGGGCCUCGUCUUCUUGGUCGGCACCGCGGCGCCCAUCCUUGUCAACUGGGUGCUGUGGCCCUUUGUCGCGCGCCACGAGCUCCGCUCCGCGCUGUCCUCGAUGCUCUUCUUCAUGAGCGUCACCUACCGCAGCACUGUCGCCACCUACGUCUAUUUUGACGCGCCGCCCACACCCACCGACAUUCGCCGCUCCGAGCUCCUCGAGGGUCGCCUCCGCGAGGGCUUCGUCCGCAUCCGCCAGCUCCUCGUGCUGACUCGGCACGAGCUGCGGCUGCGCGGUGGCGGCGGUGGCGGCGCCGCCGCCGCCGACCACCACGACCCGCGAUGCUGGGCCGCGCUCACCGAGGCUUGUGAGCGCUUCUUUGAGCACACCAUCGCUGUCCGACAGGCCGCCCUCUUCUACGACGCGGGCUGCCUCCGCGCCAGCCCCGCCGCCGCCGAGCGCCUGCUGCCGCACCGCCGCGACGCCGUCGCCACGGUCCUCGCCAACUUGUACGUGCUCGCCGGCGCGCUGCGCGCCCGCCGCAGGGUCCCGAGGUACCUGCCUAGCGCAGCCGCCGCGCGCAAGGCCCUGCUGGUGCGGUCGGACGAGGUCGAGGCGGAACUCACGGCACAGGAGGCGCAAGAAGCCGCCGAGGCCGAGGCGGGGGCGGGGAGGGGGCGGCGCUGCGCGAGGUCGACACGCGCCGAAAAUGGAGCGACACUUACCGCUUCUCGUAUAACCAGAGCCUGA